CCCUUCUCUGCAAUCGCCUCAUUUGUUGCCUAGCUAAUUCGCGUCAUUCAUCUCCUCCUCCUUAUAUUAGGCGCGCACCGCACGCGUGCUCAUCCCGAUCGCCAUGGCCGUCGACGCGCACCACCUGCACCGCCUCCCACCACCGAUCCAGCCUGCUGAAUCCAUGUUCUCGCCGAGGCAGCCUUGUUUCGGCGCCGCCGCCGGCGAGGUUGUCGUCGGCGGCGCCGGUGGCGCGGUGAUGGCGGGGCUUUGCCAGGAGGAGCAGCUGGUGCAGGGGUACCGCCAGGUGUUUGUUGGAGGUGGUGGGGUGAGGCAGCCGGCGGCGGCGGAGGUGAUGAGGCAGUACUCGCAGGUGUGCGCGGCGGCGGCGGACGCGGCGGAGAGCGGCGUCACGUUCGGCGGCGGGCAGGAGGCGGCGGCGCCGAGGAAGAGGAAGCGCGCCGAGGUGCCGGUGGUUCUUGGCGCCGCGGGCGACGUGGCCGUGGCGGCGCAGGCUCGCCAGCAGCUGGUCGACGUCGACCGCCUCGUGCUCCACCAUGCGGCGAAGAUGUGGGCGGAGCUUGCGGAGCAGAGGGGGAGGCACGCGAGGCAGAUGGUGGCCACCGUGGAGGCCGCGGCGGCGAGGCGGCUGAGGGCCAAGGACGAGGAGAUCGAGCGGAUCGGUCGCCUCAACUGGGCGCUCGAGGAGCGCCUCAAGGGCAUGUACGUCGAGGCGCAGGUGUGGCGCGACCUCGCGCAGUCCAACGAGGCCACCGCCAACGCCCUCCGCGGCGAGCUCGAGCACGUCCUCGACGCCCACGCGCGCCGCGGCGCCGACCACGGCGACGGCGACGACGCCGAGUCCUGCUGCUACGGCGAGAACGACGUGCUCGCGCGCGCCGCCGGCGACGGCGAGGCGGCGUCGGCCGAGCGGCGCUGCAAGGGGUGCGGCGAGGCGGCGGCCGUGGUGCUGCUCCUGCCGUGCCGGCACCUGUGCGCGUGCGCGCCGUGCGCGGCGGCGGCGGCGGCGUGCCCGGCGUGCGGGUGCGCCAAGAAUGGCAGCGUCAGCGUCAACUUUUCGUGAGCGAUGGCGGAGGGAAAGGAGUAAUAGCAAUUAGACUAGAUUUUUUUUCUUUUCUUUUCUUUUUUUUCUCUCUCUCCUCCGUUUUUUUUCUUUUCUGUUUUGGUUUAGCUGAUGGGGAUAAUAGGGCGAUAUGGUCUAAUGAUGUGGAUAUGAGGGGAUGAGUUUUCCUUUUUUGUGUUGGAUCAAUUUGAUCAACAAGGAAAAAAAACAUAGGAAUUUGGUAACCUUCAAAUCAAAAUUGUUGCUUCGAUUUUCUAGCUUCCUUAAUUAAUUAUAUUUUUUAGUUUAUUUUCAUGAUAUAUAUAUACAUGACAUUAGAAAUGAC